GUGACGUAAUAAAGAGCUGCCAUAUUGGGUAUCGGAGAACAACAAGAGAGGAAGAAAAACAUUAGCUUUCCCUGCAGUUGAUUUAUUUCAACGUAUUUUUUACUUUUUGUUGUCGGGAUCAUUGAGCCCGAAUGGCACAGAGUCCUACUAGCGGUGCUGUGCGCGCUCUUCAAUUAGAACUGAAGAAAAUUCAAGAAGAACCAGUUGAAGGGUUCCGUGUACAUUUGAGCAAUGACGACAAUCUUUUCGAAUGGGAAGUGGCAAUUUUUGGUCCUCCGGGCACGCUGUACGAAGCUGGUUAUUUUAAGGCUCAUAUGAAGUUUCCUUCAGACUACCCGUACUCUCCACCCUCAGUCAAAUUCCUCACCAAGAUGUGGCAUCCAAAUGUUUAUGAAAAUGGUGAUGUAUGUAUUUCCAUACUGCAUCCUCCUGUCGAUGAUCCCCACAGUGGUGAGCUGCCUUGUGAGAGAUGGAACCCUACACAAAAUGUUCGCACAGUUUUAUUGAGCAUUAUCUCCCUGUUAAAUGAACCUAACACAUUUUCACCAGCCAAUGUGGAUGCAUCAGUUAUGUAUAGAAAAUGGAGAGAAUCCAAAGGAAGAGAUAAAGAAUAUGAAAAUAUAAUUAGAAAACAAGUUCAAGCUACAAAGCAAGAAGCUGAAAAAGAUGGAGUUGUUGUCCCCACCACAUUAGAAGACUACUGUGUAUCCACAAAUCCCAAACCUUCAGACAGCUCUAUGGAUGCUGCAGACUUUUAUGAUGAUGACUACGGAGAUGAUAUUGAUGACGAUGAUGAUGAUGACAAUGUUUAUGAGGAAGAUGAUGAUGAUUCUGGAAAUGAAAUGUCAUGAUGCAAGCUCUUUUCUUCAAAUCUGUUCAAAACAUCUCCUUCUCCUGAAUCACCUAACUUUAAAAAUCACAGAAAAUGAAUAAAGUAUAAGAAUGCUUUAUUUAGAGGAUAUGUGUAAAUUGUGCAUUAUCACUUGUUAAGUUCAGGACAAAUUGUUGUCAUUUAAGUGUCGUAUAUUUUAGUAGUUGGCUUGUACAGCAAAGGCUAAAAUUCACCCAUAUCCCAUUUUCCCCUCAUUUUCCAAAAAGAGUUGAGAAAACUAUUCUUAUCAAUUUUUUUCUUUUUUAGUAAAUAAAGUAAAACAUGUCAUUUUGUGAAAUGUCAUAGCAGAAACAUGUUAUGAAAACAUUUGUCCUGAUCUUUAUAUUUUUACUCAGUUUUAGAAAACAUUUGAUUUGUUCAACUUAAAAGUGGUUUUAUGAAUGUGGAUUGAUUGAUCUUAGUUUUCAAAUUCAACAUGAAAGUCUUUAAUAAUUGCUGUAAUACUGUGAAGUCAUGGGGGUUAUUAUAGGUAUACCAUGUAAUAGUUAAAUAGAUAUUUAAUUAUCAAAUUGCUUUUUAUUUCAAUAUCACGUCCUUUUGUUAAUAAAACUAUUUAAAAAGA